GUCGAUUAAUUGUUCCUCGGACUCGAUUUCUGUGCUGCGUAUUUUACUCUUUUCUGGAAGUAAUUUUACAAAAAGAAAGCUAUGGAUGAUCAACGACCGUGCCAAUUGUGCCAGGAACAAAUCGCGGUUGGCAUUAAGCUCGAAAAUGAAGUGAUCGAAGAUUCAAAGGAGCUACUCGAAAAGCUGAUUGUGUGGUACAACAUUAAUCCAUGCAUUCUGGAGAAGAAGUCGUGCCUCUGUCAGCCGUGCUUGGAUCAGGUGCUCAGCAUAAGCGCAACAUUCCGGCGUUGGAACGCCGCGCAACCCAAGACGGACUUAAAUGAAACGGUUACGGUUAAGGAGGAAAGCCCUCUGGAAAUAGAUGGCUGGGAAAACAUUGAAUUAUUGCCCGAACAGAAUCUGUGUUUUCCCUCUGGUAGUGGUGCAGAGGAGGAGCUUGAAGCAACCGAUACAGAAAAAGAUGCCACAGUGAUAAAGCCUCAUGAAAACUUUGCCAUUGCGGUACGACACGAUGGCCUUAUAUUGGCUAAAAUUUAUAAGGAUAAUACAAAGGCUGCCAGGAUUGUCUGCACCUGUUGCCACGUUGAGUUGAGUCUCAUUUCCCACAUACGCACACAUAGCUUAAUGCUUCGCCCAUGUCCCAAAUACAUUUGUCGGAAGUGCGACAAAACAUUUAGCACUACGACGAAGCUAAAACAACACGAGCAUGCCGAGCGUCACAGCGUCAUCUUGAGCCGUUCAAAGGGAUUUGACUUCCGUUGUGUGCAAUGUGAGAAAGUCUUUGAUGGCUACCAUGGGAUCAUACGACACGCAUCUUUUGCACACAUGGCCCGUCCGUUCCACUGCAUCUUUUCCAAGUGUUCGUGCACCUUUAAAGCCAGGGGGGAACUGGACUUGCAUAUGAAAACACACGAAAUGCCGGUAUAUCGUCCACCGUUGUACAUGUGUCGUGUGCCUGAGUGUGGGCAUUCGUACUAUAUUGAGAAUCAGUAUGUCAAGCAUAUGAAGACCAUUCACGGAAUUCAGGCAUGCCUACAGCCCGGUUGCACCGAAAUUCCUGGCACUCACUGUCAACAUUUUAGGAAAGGAGGGAAUUCUCAGCAGGGUGAGUUUGUGUCGAUAGAGACGUCAGCACAGCGGAAACGCAGAUUCUCAUAUUCACCGCCCAACGACAAUAAUAUGGGCAAAUUCAUAUGCCUGGAAAAGCAGCUAACAUUAAAAUGAAAAUGUUGAAAUUUAACCAUUAUUCCUAAGAGUACAAUACUUAAUCUUGUACAUAUAUUAUUACGUCAUUAUAUGGAUGGAUAAUCCAUUAAUUUAGUUGGAAAAGAAGAGAAAAAUGAAUUAUUAUAUCGAUAUGCCGACGAUGAUCUGUAAUCGAAAUUGAACUAGUUCUCCCGGUCGGCGAGCACCGCCUGUACCUUUACAGUCGAUAAGCUAGACAGUUGUCAGCUUUUACAUUCAUUAAAAGAGGAAAAAGAACAAUAAAACAG